AUGGCCAAUCUCUUCGUGGACCUUGUCACCCCCAAUGGGCACCGCUAUCGGCAGCCCACCGGCCUCUUCAUCAACAACGAAUUCGUCCCCUCAAGUGGCCAGACUAUCACUUCGCUCGACCCUGCAACGGACAAACCAAUUGCCACCGUCCACGCUGCCAGCGCCGAAGAUGUCGACCGCGCCGUCCAGGCAGCCAAGACGGCACUAUCUCACCCGUCCUGGAAAAAGCUCCCUUCGACAGACCGCGGCCAAAUGAUGGCCAAGCUCGCCAAUCUAAUUGAGGAGAAAAGAGAAUUAUUCGCCUCAAUUGACGCAUGGGAUAAUGGAAAACCAUACCACGUCGCGCUAGACGAAGACCUUACCGAAGCGAUCACCACAAUCCGAUACUACAGCGGCUGGGCCGACAAAACAUAUGGCCAAACGAUCAGCACGACGCCGGCCAAAUUCGCCUACACGCUGCGCCAGCCGGUGGGCGUCGUCGGCCAGAUCAUCCCCUGGAACUAUCCCCUGUCCAUGGCGACGUGGAAGCUGGGCCCUGCGCUCGCCUGCGGGAACACGGUCGUCCUGAAGCCCGCGGAGCAGACGCCUCUGAGUGUUCUAGUUCUAGCGGAACUUAUCAAGGAGGCGGGAUUCCCGCCCGGUGUGGUCAACAUCGUUAAUGGGUACGGGCGCGAAGCGGGCGCUACGCUCGCGUCGCACGCGCUCGUCGACAAGGUAGCCUUCACUGGGUCGACGAUGACAGCACGAGAGAUCAUGAAGAUGGCAGCUGGCACGCUCAAGAACAUCACUCUGGAGACAGGCGGGAAGUCGCCGUUGCUGGUGUUUCCGGACGCGGAUCUCGAGCAAGCUGUUAAGUGGUCCCAUUCAGGCAUCAUGUCCAACCAGGGCCAGAUCUGCACCGCGACGUCGCGCAUCUUCGUCCACGAGAGUAUCUUCCAGCGCUUCUUGGACUCGUUCAUCGAAGCUGUGGAGAGUGCGCCUGUUGGAGAUCAGUGGGAUGCGUCGACGUUCCAGGGUCCGCAAGUGACGCGGGCGCAGUACGAGCGCAUUCUCUCGUAUAUCCAGAUGGCGAAGGAUGAGGGCGCUACGUGCGUUACCGGUGGAGAGGCCUAUGCUCCUUUGAAGGAUGACAACAAGAACGGGUACUACGUGCGUCCGACGGUGUUCGUCAACGUCACGGAUGAGAUGCGCAUUGUCCGCGAGGAGGUCUUCGGUCCCGUGGUUGUUAUCUUGCCCUUUGCUACGGAGGAGGAGGCUCUGUCUCGUGCGAAUGACACCACGUAUGGUUUGGGCGCUGCUGUCUUCACGCGGGACUUGGAGCGCGCGCAUCGUGUGGCGGCGGAGAUUGAGGCCGGCAUGGUGUGGAUUAAUAGUAGUCAGGAUUGUGAUCCGCGGGUGCCGUUUGGGGGUGUCAAGCAGAGUGGUAUUGGGCGAGAGCUGGGUGAGGCUGGUCUUGAGGCUUAUAGUCAGGUCAAGGCGGUUCAUGUGAAUAUGGGUACUAGACUGUGA